UCUCCGAAUGGAAACGACGUACGCCGGAAAAGGUCGAAAAAGGUUGGGGGCGGGGUUUCUUGCGCAUGCGCGGUUAAACCGACGUGCUUCCUGUUUAAUGUCACCGUGAAAACGCCGAAGAGGCACAUAAUGGGCACACCAUGGAGAAUGGCCCAUAUGCUGGCCAGCAAACUGGUAAAUCUCCCAGGACCUGCUGCCUGCCAGAUUUGUCGCCAUGCCAGCCGAGACGCAUAUGGGUGGAUGUCUCAAAGGCGAUCUGAUUCGCAUCCAAAACAGAAACAAUUUGAAGACAUGUUCGAAGAAGACCAUGACAUGGAUGUAGUCGAAGCCAAACUAAAUUCCAUCAUUAGUGAAGAGAAGAGAAGGAAUAAAACAGUCAGAUUCCACAAGCUUAGGAGACAAAUGAAUACACCUGGAGCCCCAGAGAGAAGACUCAGCUGGGAUGCUAUUGAACAGAUAAGAUACCUAAAGCAGGAAUCCCCAGAGGAAUGGACGUUACAAAGAUUAGCAGAGGCUUUCUCUGUAAGCCCUGACGUCAUCUCCAGAGUUCUCCGUGGGAAAUUCACUCCGACAACAGAGCGAAAACUCAAGCAAGACUCUAAAGUGUUGCCCAGCACUGGCCAGCUGUCUCUCUGGGAUGGCAAAGCAAAACAGGCCAGGUUACCCGCCUCGGCGGUCAGUGCAGCACCAGCCCUGCUCUCCCCAGGAAACACAGGUGACCUGGCAACACUGAGCAGCAGAGCUCUUGCAGUGAAGGGUGAGACAGGACUGAUGCCCUCUGGUGGUAAUGUCCCAUCAAUAUCCAGAGUAACAUCUAGACUUUCAGCUGUACAGAAAAUGACACCUAAUUUAAAGGACUCGCACAAAUCUUUGCAUGAGACUAAUGAAAUGGAUGUGGGCGAUGAUGAAGAAGAGUUGGAGGAGGAGUGGGAUGGUGUGAUUCUGACUGAGGAAGAGCUGGAGAAGAUCGCCCAAACACUUUCAGAGAAGCUCAGUCCAGUGGAACAGAAGGGAAGAGAGUUUUAUGACAGCGAUGGAAACUUUUUGUAUAGAAUUUAAGUAUUAAUCAAGAGACUUGUCAUGCUGGUCUAGACUAAAUUAUGAGAUAAAGGAAGCGAUUGUGAUUUUUUUUUUCCAGAAUUACUUUAUCUCCUAUGUGUCAAAUGAAACAAACAUAACAUAAAAUGCUAAAUGAGACAAAUCAGUUUAUUUCAAACAAACAAUUCUGGUCCAAAUAUACAGAGCAAAUGACAGAUUAGAAUUGCUGUAUAUGUACAGAGCCUACUAUGUACAUUGAUUUUGCACAGGAAGAAAAAUGGUACACCUCUUAUAAAUAAAAUCACAGUCAUAAUGAAAAUCAUUAAACUCUUUGCAUUGCA